ACACACACGCGCGCACACACCUCACCUACACUCACACAUAUAAAGCAACAGCAUGCACGCCUGAGGUGCUCUGAGCCGAAGGUGACGACCACCGGGAGCGAGUCGCGCAACCGAAAUCAGGAGGCAUAGCCUUCGCGAGCCUCACAUUACGUGCUGGUUAAUUCCGAGCUCUGUCUUAGACCAUGGCUACGAGUAGUACAAUAUUCGUACAUUAUGGCCUAAGGGAAAUACAUAUGUACAUAUACAUACAUACAUUGUACAGUAAUAUUACCUCAGGUUAUACACGUUUUUUCUUCCUUCCUCUCUAACUCCCAAUCCGCAGUAAAUUUUGUCUUAACAUUAAAUCAUCAGCCAAUCAAACCAAAGCAAUUUCUACUCCUAUUCUCGCUAACGGAGAAUAGGUACGUAUCACUGUAUCUUUAGCCAGUUCGGUAAAAGAGCGUUUGGAAGGAGAAUGGGCGAAGCCAGCAGAAUAUGGUUGUACUAGAAAAUUAUUGGAACUAAUUUUCUUGUUUUAUGAAAUUUCCAAUAAAAGUAAUUAAAUUAUAAUUGGACAAUUAUUGCUAAGUAACAUUUGCAUGUGAUUUAUUUGGUUUUAUAUCACAUCAGAUUACACAAGUUUUAACAACGUGGAUAGAAAAUAUUCAUUAUUACAAUGAAAUGUUAUUAUGAGGUGUUAGAGGUAGCACGAAAUGCUACUGAUGAUGAUUUAAAAAGGUCCUACAGAAAAUUAGCAUUAAAAUGGCAUCCAGACAAAAAUUUAGGUAAUCCAGAAGAGGCAAAAGAACAGUUUCAACUUGUUCAACAGGCAUGGGAAGUGUUAAGUGAUCCACAUGCACGUACUUGGUAUGAUGAUCACCGUGAAGCUAUUUUAAAGGGUGGUAUUGGGGAAGAUUACAAAGAUGAUUCUAUUGAUCUGACACCAUUUUUCUCAACUACGUGCUUCAAAGGAUAUGGUGACGAUGAAAAAGGAUUUUAUGCCAUUUAUCGUAACGUUUUUGACAAAUUAACAACUGAAGAUGCAGAGUUUGCUAAAGAAGGAGAUUCGGAUGAAGAAAUUCCACACUUUGGGAGUUCACAAAGUUCAUACGAAGAAGUUGUACAUAAUUUUUAUGCAUAUUGGCAAAGUUAUAAUACAAAAAAAUCCUUUGCUUGGUUAGAUCCUUAUGAUAUAAGAGGUGCUCCAAACAGACGUGUUGUUCGACUUAUUGAAAAAGAGAAUAAAAAAAUUAGAGAAAAAGCUAAAAGAGAAAGAAAUGAACAAGUACGAAAUUUAGUUGCCUUUGUCCGUAAACGUGACAAACGAGUACAGGCUCAUGCUUUAAAACUUGCUGAACGCGCUAAAGAGAAUUUAAAGAAAGCACAAGGAAGAGUAAGACAACAACUAUUAGAAAGACAAAAGCAAUUGGGAGAAUAUAAAGAAUGUGAAUGGACUAAGUUUUCAAAUAUAGAAGCUGAGCUUAAAACUAUUGAAGCUCAUCUUGCUAAAGAAUUUGGUGAAAGUUUAUCUUCUGAAGAGGACACAGAUGAUGAGAAUGCAGUAGGUGAUAGUACUUUGUAUUGUGUAGCUUGUAACAAAAGAUUUAAAACUCAAAAAUCCUUUAUAAAUCAUGAAAAUUCUAAAAAGCACAAAGAUAAUGUUAUUGCAAUGAAAAUAUCUCUGGAAGAAGAUGACAAAGAAUUUGAAACCUUUGAAGAUAGUGAUGUUAGUCAAGAAGGAAUAACUUUAGCUGUAGAACCACAAAUGGAUGAUGCUUUUUAUGUAAUACCUCAAAUAAAUGAAAGCGAUAAUGAAUGUGCAACUUCGGAAGAUGAACUCAUUUCUGAUCAAGAAGAAGAGGAAGUUUCACAACCUAAAAAAUUAAAGAAAAAGAAGAAACAAAAGAAGAAUGUUCAAAAUCCACUAACAGAGGAUACUAGUGAUGAAGAAGACAGACAUGUCAAUGUGGAUAUAUUUUUAUCAAAGAAACAACGUAAAAAGCAGCAACAUAAAAUAGCAGUACUAAAUAAAGUUUUAGAAGCUAGUCAACAGAAGCCUAAUGAUAAAUUAGAAGAUACUGAGGAACAAGCAAAAAGUGGAAUAGAUGUAGUUGAAUUACACUCGGAUAAUUUAGACAUAAAUACUAUAAACAAUAGUAAGGUCAAAUCUAAAAAAUCUAAGAAUUCCAAAAAAAUUAAUAAACAAGCAGAAAAGGAGUGUGGAAGUAAGCAUAAAAAAGGCUCACAGAUAACUGAGGUUCCAGAUUUGGCACAUUGUUGUAUAACAUGUAAAUCUGAAUUUUCAAGUAAAAAUAAAUUAUUUGAACACUUAAAGAAAACGGGACAUUCUGUACAUAUACCAAAUACCAUGAAAAAUAAAAGAAAUUAAGAAAACUCGUAAAAAACAAAGAAAA